AUGGGACACUGGGCUUCAAUCGAUGAGGACACAUGGAAAAAGCAUUAUGAGACCCUCCUUAACGAAAGUAGAGCAAAGUUUAUGGCAAAAGAGGGCAAUGCACAGGAAGACUGCAAGACGGACCAUAUGCAAGUAAAGGAAGAAGAAGUGAGAGCUGCUAUAGGCAGAGCUAAAAGCGGAACAGCUCCAGAACCUGGGGGCUUGUAUAUGAAAAUGUCACUUAAUGCAAUAAGAAUCAAAUUUCAUAAUAAUGUUGAAGAGGACCAGGCGGGACCACAGGUGGCGGAUAGUGGACUUGCACUCCCGGACCAUAAGCGGCAGGCGCCAACAGUGUGGGGGAGGGUGGUCAGUGGUGCGGCUAUCCUCAAAAAUACUCCAGAGAGCCCUAAGACUGCGACUGUAACGAGGUGA